AUGACAAGUUUUGAAAGAAUUGAGAAAGAGUUAGACGAGGUAAAGAACGAGUUGAAGGCGUUCGUUCAGGGAGAAGAAUGGAACAUUGCUGGACAGGUUGAGGAUAUCGAUGAAAUGAAGAACUGCUAUCUUAAACGAAGGAACCUUCACCGUCCAAUUAUGCUGGAAGAGGAGAUCCUUUAUACUGCAAUACUGUUGCAAUCUAUCAUCCAGUAUUUGGGAACAGCUGUUCCUACACAAGACACUACUACGACCUUAUUGUGGAAGUUACCGAACGCAUUCCGUAAUGAAGAUUUACGAACAAACGAAUUUCACUGUUGCUAG